AUGUACAAAAGAAACAUAAGCAUUUGCAUCGACAUGCUCACUCUUCAGCUCAGUCGCUGAUGUCACUACAGUUUUGUUACUCGGUUUCUCAGAUUAUCGAGUUCAUACACAACAACAAAGUCUUGAUAAUAUAGAAAAACAAUGGCGCCAGUUUCUUUGAUGCUCGUGGUUCUGAUGAUUGCUACAUCGUUAGCAGCUAAUUGGCAAGCAAAUCCUAAUGAUUGUGGGAAGACUUACCAAGGAAUGAACACCAUGAUCAUCGGCGGUGAACCAGCUGAGGAGUAUGCGUGGCCAUGGCAGGUUGCUAUGUUCAAGAAUGGCGAGUUCGUUUACUGUGGGGCAUCUCUGAUCGACCCGUGGUGGGUCAUGACAGCUGCACAUUGCGUUGAUAGGUGUAACCUGUGCAAGCCCGAAGCAUACGAGUUCAGAGCUGGAUCAACCAGUCUCACUAAAGACACUGACGUCACGCAGAAACUUCAGGUCUCGAAAAUCAUCGUCCAUCCCGACUUUGAUUUCGAAGAUUAUUACAACUUCGACAACGACAUCGCCCUAUUUAAGAUGAGGGAACCGUUCACACUCACCGAAGAUUACCGAGUGAAUACGAUUUGUCUUCCUACCGGGGAUAUGAAUGAUGAGUUCGUGAUCGGGCAGGAUGCAAUAGUGACUGGAUGGGGGACGCUGGUUUGGGAUGGAGAGGAAGAAUUUCCUGACGUAUUAAAUGAGGUAGUGGUUCCCAUCUACAAUCAGACACAGUGUGAUGAACUUGUCGGUGACGUCACCGAUAACAUGAUCUGUGCAGGACUGAAAGAGGGAGGUGUUGAUGCUUGUUCGGGUGACAGUGGUGGUCCCUUAGUGGCGUAUCCAUCGAAUAACACCGACCAGUACUAUCAGAUUGGUGUGGUGAGCUGGGGGAAUGGGUGUGGCGAUCCGAAUUCACCCGGAGUCUACACCAGGGUCACACGUUAUGAAGACUGGAUCCGAUCGUUCUUUAACACCCCAACUCAAGAGUCAUGUAAGUUGGACUGUCUUCACGGCGUAGCUAGCGUCCGUCGUUGA